UGUAGUCCGUUUUCUGCGGUACUGCGUCAUCACACGAUUUUUAGAUUUUUUAAAAUAAUAAAAUAAGGAUACUUCAUUGACUACUCGUUCCGGUCAUCACCGCUAGAUGGCGCGGCCGGAUCUGCAAUCAUUCGUUUUCCGUGUGUUGCGUCAGUUCACGCGCACUCCGUAAAAAUUAAAUGUUUUACGGUGAAAUAAAGUGGUUAAGUUGGUUUUUAGUGGUGUGUUUUAGUGAAAAAUGGGAAAAAGAACCAAGGAUAAGACAAAUGAAGAAAUUGAAAGGAAAAUUAGACGCCUGGAAAGGGAAUUAUAUUCACGAAAAACAUGGACGCCCACGCCAAAUUUUCUUCCGAACGAAGAUCGUGACGACUCUUCCUAUAAUUUCCGAGGUGAAGUGGAGCUUGACGUGUACCCUUUCGGCGACGAAAAUGAGACACCUGAGUCUUUACAUACGGUUGCCGAAGUUCAUGCAAAAAAUACAUGCCUUCCUCCUGAAGUUAUGGCGGAAGAUUCGCAACAUAUUCCAGACAACGCAAAAUCAGUGCUAGACUCAGAUAUGAUAACAGAAGAAUCAGUCCCUGAAGAAAUCAUGCAGAUACUUGGUGAGGCUAAGAAAACAGAAGAGAUCUUCGGAAAGAAAAUUCCGCAAGGAGUCUCUGAAAAAUUGGGAAAAAUCUUGGUCGAGGGUCUUGCCAAAGAACAAAAGGAAAUUUUACUUACCCAAAAAUUAAUAAUACCAGAGAAUUUUCAGCUGGUGAAGGCGCCCAAACUAAAUCCAGAAGUGGCUUCAGUACUUACCGACCCAGCUAAAAAUAGAGACAAACGGCUUGAAAAGCUUCAGAACCAAUUAGGUUUGGGUAUAGCGGGUCUAGUUAAUUUGACAACGGAAUUAAUCAAUAAGGAGGUUGAUAAGAUGGCUAUAAUUAAGAAAAUAUCAGAAGUGAAUCAAAUACUUCUUGAUCUCCACUAUGAGGAGACAUUGGGUCGUAGACGAUUAAUUAUUCCUAUGUUGGAUAACAAAUUUAUUAAUAUUAUACAAAGUGUGAAACGCGACCAAUUUCUUUUUGGAGAUAAUUUGGGUGACAAUAUCAAGACGUCUAAAUCCAUUGAAAAAUCAAGUCUUCAGAUCAAAAAACCAGCUCCUCCACAGCCACCUGCCAACCGAAAACCUUUAGCCCAGACGGGAAACUCGCGAGCUCCGGUCCGCCGUGCGAGCGGGCCCAGUGCAGCGCGCGCUCAGCCGCCGACGUCGCGAUAUUACCCCGAGCCGCCGCCGCCCGCCAGGAGGGCCCCGGCCCCGCCGGCGCGCCGCGCUCCGCCGCCACCAGCCCCGAGGCGAUACUCGCAGGACUAUCGCAGCCGCCGUCGCUAGAGAAGGUACCUUUUGCUGGCCGUAUUCGACACUUUCUUACCAAUUGGUUAUAUGUAACAACUGACCCCCAAAUUUUGGAAAUAGUUAGUGGAUACAAGAUUAAAUUCAACCAAAAACCUGUUCAGACAAACGAACCUAGUAAUCCGCCUUAUUCGAGAACUCACAUGUUAGAGUCUAUAAAAAAACUUAAACAUAUGGGUUCAAUUGUUCUAUGUUCACCAUGUAAAGGUCAAUUUAUAUCCCCAAUUUUUUUAAUACCAAAAAGUAAUGGUUCCUAUAGAUUUAUUCUUAAUUUAAAAAACCUUAACAAAUUUGUUCAACAACAACACUUUAAAAUGGAAGAUGUCCGCACUGCUACUAAAUUGUUAUCAAAUAAUUCAUAUAUGGGGACCAUUGACCUUCAGGAUGCCUACUUUGUUAUUGCCAUUCAUAUGUCCCAUAGAAAGUAUCUACGCUUUCGUUUUGAUAACGAGUUAUACGAAUUCACCUGUCUGCCCUUUGGAUUGUGUUCGGCUCCUCUCGUUUUUACGAAAUUGAUGAAACCUGUACUUACUUAUUUGCGUACUUCACAACAUAAAAUAGUAGGGUAUAUCGACGAUUUAUGGUGCAUAGCAGAUUGUUAUAACUCGUGUAUCAAAACAUUAACAGAAGUAAUGCAUAUCUUAGAAUUACUGGGAUUUAUAAUUAAUUAUGAGAAAAGUUGUUUAGUGCCUACUAAAAAGUGCAAGUUUUUAGGUAUUGAUCUUAAUUCACAAAACAUGACUUUAGAAUUGCCUACCGAAAAACGUAAAAAAAUCUAUGAUUUGGUUAGAAACAUAUCAAGUAAAAAGUCAAUAAAAAUUCGAGAAUUUGCUAAGUUUUUAGGUAAUUUGACGGCAGCCUGUCCAGCUGUAUCUUAUGGCUGGUUAUACACCAAGCGUUUUGAGAGGGAAAAAUAUUUAGCCUUGUUGGAUUUCCCGGAUUAUGAUGCCAAAAUGGAUAUAAAACCUGAAUUGUUACAGGAUUUUUUUUUGGUGGGAAAAAGUUAUCAAUUAUGUAGAUAAUCCUAUUCGCACUGGACAUUUUCAAUAUGAAAUAUUUUCAGAUGCCUCACUUUCUGGAUGGGGACUAUUUUGUAAUGGACAGUCAGUCAAUGGAUUUUGGUCAUAUGAGGAAAAUCAAUAUCAUAUUAAUUAUUUAGAGUUAUUGGCCGCUUUUAUUGGUUUAAAAUGCUUUUGUAAAAAUUUGUACAAUGCAGAAAUCCUAUUACGAAUAGACAACACUACAGCCAUUUCCUACAUUAACAGAAUGGGUGGAGUACAAUAUCCCCAUCUAAAUGACAUAACCCGUCAAAUUUGGCAGUGGUGUGAAGAAAGAGGAAUUUUCAUUUUUGCAUCAUACAUCAGGUCCUGUGAUAAUAUUGAAGCAGAUCAGGCCUCAAGAUUGUCAAAUAUUGACACCGAGUGGGAAUUACAUGAAUCCUGUUUUCAGGAUAUUGUCACGGAGUUAGGCCAACCUGAUAUUGACUUGUUUGCAUCCAGAAUUAACAAAAAAUGUUUUAAAUUUGUGUCGUGGAAACGAGACCCAGAAGCUUUUGAAAUUGAUGCAUUCACUUUGAAUUGGAAAAAUUUUUUCUUUUAUGCUUUUCCACCCUUUUCAGUCAUAUUGAAAUGUCUUAGAAAAAUCAUCAAUGAUAAUGCUACUGGGCUGUUAGUUGUACCUUACUGGCCAAGCCAACCAUGGUUUCCGCUCUUUAUUUCUCUGACGGUAACUGAUAUAAUAUUCCUUAAUCCCGAUAGGAAUAUGUUACUUUCCCCUUACAGAACACCUCACCCGUUAUGGUCAAGCCUUACCCUGGCGUGUGCGAAGUUAUCCGGGAGGCGUUUGGAAGACAAGGGCUAGAUAUAGACACAAUAAACAUUAUGAUUCAAUCCUUAGCCAAGAAUACUUUGCAACAGUAUAACUCAACUUAUAAAUUAUGGUUUUCUUUUUGUAAAGACAAUAACUUAGAUUUCUUUGAGGUAAAUGUUCCAACGUUACUAAAAUUUUUGUCACAAGAGUUCAAAAAUGGUGCUAGCUAUAGUUCAUUAAACUGUAUGAGAUCAGCGCUAUCAAUAAUUUUAGGUAAAGGAAUUUGUACGAAUGAUUACAUAGCAAGGUUCCUAAAAGGUGUCUUUAAAAAUAGGCCAAGUUUUCCAAAAUAUAAAAAUACGUGGGAUCCCAAUUCGGUGUUGACAUAUCUUUCUAGUCAAUUUCCUAAUGAAUCAUUACCUUUAGAAAUUAUUACCAAAAAAUUGGUGACUCUGCUCGCGUUAUCCACGGGACAACGUGUUCAGACGUUAUCAUUAAUUAAAUUGUGUAAUGUUAAUAUUAGUGAAACAUGCAUUAAUAUCAUUAUAGACGAGAUACUUAAAUCAUCUGCACCUAACAAGAACAAUCCAAGAUUGCAGAUUCCAUUCUUCAGUGAAAAGCCCUGUAUUUGCCCUGCGAGAGUUCUCUCUGCCUAUAUUCACUUAACAAAAGAUGUGCGAAAUGAGCCAGAUACAGACCGGCUAAUCUUAACAACUAAAAAACCUUUCCAUAACGCCAGCUCUCAGUCCAUAAGUCGCUGGAUAAAGAGCGUACUCAGUGACAGCGGUAUAGAUGUCAGUGUGUUCUCAGCUCACAGCACGCGGCACGCUUCGACGUCAGCGGCGCGCCGAGCUGGUAUCUCCGUUGACGUCAUCAAGCGUUCUGCUGGUUGGUCUGGCUCAUCUCUCUGCUUUGCCAAGUUCUAUAACUUACCAUUGCCAGAUGUUGAUGAAGGCAGAUCUUUCGCUCAAGCUGUUUUUGAUACAAAUUAGUUUUAAUUGUUAUAAGUGAUAAGGUGACAUUAGUUAUAAUGAGUAAAUAUUAAAUUUAAAACCUUGUGAUUUGAAACUGUUUAACUACCUCGUGAUUCGAAACUUUAAUAAUAUAAAUAAAUAUACUUUUGAUUUAUUCAA